AAUCGUAAACAGAAAAUGUUUACCAUAACCAUUGAUUUAUCAUUUGAAAAUGAAUGUUUUUAUAUUAUUCUGUUUAAUUUUUUCGCCCAUUCAUGGGCUUGAUUUAACUCCAAUAGUUAAUUUGACUACUGGUCCUAUUCAAGGUAAAGUUAUCGAAUAUGAAUCGAUUGGAGUUUACCAGUUUCUCGGUAUUCCUUAUGCAAAGCCACCGGUUGAUAUAUUAAGGUUACAGUUACCAGUUAAACCAGACCCAUGGACUGAGGUUAAAUCAGUGACUGACUUUGGUCCAGCUUGUUUGCAACCCCAUAUUAUGCCAGAUAUUCAAAUAACCAGUGAAGACUGUCUCUAUCUAAAUGUUCAUGUAACUGAAUCAACUUUUAACAACUCAUCAGAAAAACUAAGACCAGUACUUUUCUGGAUCCAUGGUGGUGGGUUUACAAUUGGAUCUGGAGUUAUUGAAGGUAUUCCAUUGGUUCCAUUACAUGAUGUUAUAAUUGUCUCUAUAAAUUAUCGUCUCAAUGCAUUUGGUUUCAUCCACUUUGGAGCCGAUGAACCUCGAAUCCCUUCAAAUAUUGGUUUUCAAGAUCAAUUGUUUGCUUUGAAAUGGGUUCAUGAAAACAUUCGCAAGUUUGGGGGUGAUCCAAAUAGUGUGACAAUCGCUGGUUCAUCUGCUGGGUCAGUCUCAGUCUCUGCUCAUUUAUUGUCUCCCCUUUCAAAAGGACUCUUCAAACGAGCUAUUCUUGAAUCGGGAACAGUUUUCAUGGAUCAUAAUAUUGAUGUCUUGAUUAGAGAUUCUUGGAAGCUCUACAACAAAACUUCAUGUUCAAAAUCGCCAAAUGUUCUUGAAUGCAUGCAGAAUUUGUCAGCGACAGAGAUUUUGAAUAGUCUGGAUAAUAAAAUAAUUGAAUUUUCCUUUCAAGUGGGUGACGAGUUUCUGCCAUACGAACCAUCCAAAGCUUUUGCAGAAGGACUUUUUGAUAAUUCGGUUGACGUUCUAUUGGGUGUUGAAAAGAAUGACGCUUCGAUGUUCAUGAUGGCUAUUGAUCCCAUAGUCUUUAAUUAUCUAAUACCUCCUAAGCCAAUAUCGUAUCAAGAAGCUACAAAUUACUUGAAGCGCUUUUUUGAUUCUGAAUCAGCUGAUUAUUUCCGUGAACUAUACUUUGGUCCAGAAACUAACAAUUCAGAUUUCAGGUCUCACCUUGAAAAGGCUUACAGUGACCUUUUAUUCAUUUGUCCAGCUUAUGUUUUUGGACUUGAAUAUGCAUCCAGUCUUGGUAAAUAGGGCGGUAAAGUGUAUGCUUACUAUCACACUCAAAAUCCAACACCUUCCAUGACUGAAUGGCUAGGGUUGGUUGAUUAUGGUACAGAAAGUCGGAUUUCAAAUUGGAUAGGGACUCCUCAUGGAGCUGAAGCUCCGUAUGUUUUUGGUUAUCCCUUGAUGAAACCUGGUUAUUCACAGAAAGAUAUUUCAUUGAGUCGUGAAAUGAUGAAAAUCUGGACUGCUUUUGCUGAAAAUGGUGAGAUUCCGAUGGUUGGUGAAACUAGAUGGAAACCAUUCCAAGAAAAGAUGUCAGCAAUGAUACUGAAUAUUGAUGAU